UGCAUAUUUUUGCAACUUCAUUUUUGGGUCUCUGAAGUUGGCUAAAGUAACAAUUGUUUCUUUAUAAAUAAAAUUUGGGUUAUAACUUAAAUGGAUUGGCUAUUUGAGUGAAAAAUUGUUGGGCUAUAGCGAGUUCCAAUUCAAAGGCCCACAAUGAGUGUAUCGGCAUUCGAACAAUUUCUACGCCAACAUCUCCUCUUCUCUUCUCCGGCGAAUAUUUGUUUGUUCCGUAUUUUGUCAUUUGAUAAAAACCCUAAUCAGUAGUGGAUUGGUUUGCAGUGCGUGGGGAGAAUUGAUUGUUUUAUGCUUAAACAUACAAUACAUAGCCUCACAAUCAUCGUUUGUAGGAGGAUGUUUGAAGGGCUGGUGCGGCAACUGAUACUGGGUUAUCUAGGCAGAUAUAUUAAGGACAUUCAAAAGGAGCAACUCAAGAUCACCUUAUGGAAUGAAGAAGUAUUAUUAGAAGACGUGGAGCUUAUACUCGAGGCUUUUGAUUAUCUUCAGCUGCCAUUUGCUUUGAAGCAAGGUCGUGUUGGCAAGUUGAGUAUUAAAAUUCCAUGGAAAAAGCUUGGCUGGGAUCCUGUCAUAAUCAGUUUAGAGGAUGUAAUAGUAUGUGCAUCCCAGCGAGAUGACAAAGAGUGGAGAAUAGAUGAAGUUGAGAGAAGAGAAUUUGCUGGGAAAAAGGCCAAACUUGCUGCUGCAGAACUUGCCAAAUUAUCAAGACGUGUAUGUGAUAGUCAGGCUGGGAACUCAUUUACUUCAUAUAUUACUGCAAAGAUCCUUGACAGCAUUCAAUUGUCCAUCAGAAAUGUUCAUGUUCUUUACCGUGACAUGCUGACGUCUUCGGCAGUAACCGUGUUUGGUCUGAAGCUGUCAAGUCUGACAAUUAUGAAGCAACUAGUUAGUGGAAAAGUGAGAGAUGGGAGUGUCAACAAACUUGUUGAAGUUAAAGGAUUGGAACUCUAUUGUAAUACCUUCCAAAGUAGUCAUGAGGUGAUGAGAGACAAUGCAGUGGAUUCUAACAGUCAGGGCAGAGAAUCAGAAGCAAAUAAUGAUAGAUGUAUGUUGGUCCCGCUAGAUGUAUCUUUGUCUCUUUCGGUGAACCGUUUAGGAAGGCUUGAGAAAGAUGUUCCUCAGUACUUCAUAAGUGUAGAGUUGAAUAAUGUGGUUGUUUCACUGGAUGAGAUUCAAAUACAACAAAUCUUGAGCAUUUGUGAUUAUUUGCUGACAUGUCAAUUGAGAGAGAAGUAUGGACGGUUUCGUCCUUGGUGGAGUCCUUUAGGGAAAAAGCUCAAAGGCUGGCAAAUAGCAUGGUGGAAGUAUGCGCAACAAUCUGUUUUACUGGAUGUUCAACAGCGGUUGAGGAGAACUUCUUGGAAGUACCUUGGAGAGAGGCUAAAUUGCCGCCGGAAAUAUGUGAACUUGUACAAGACAAAACUGAAAUGCCUUCGACAAGAUCAGGUGAUUGAUGUGGAUGUUCUUCAGAUGCUCGAGGAAAUUGAGAAAAAAUCUGAAGUGGAUGACAUCCUAAAUUACAGGUCUACUGCUGAACGUGAGUUACAGGAUAUUUUGUUGAAUUCAUCUUCGAGUAAUGUAAGCAACAUUGUCAAUACUGUUAAACCUCUGGAAGAUGAGCAUAUAUCCAGCAAGCCUCGUGGAUGGUUGAAUUGGUUAUCUCGUGGCAUGCUUGGUGCUGGAGGAACGGAUGAUUCUAGCCAAUUUUCUGGUGUUAUUUCUGAUGAUGUGGUCAAGGAUAUAUAUGAAGCUACAAAGUUCCAGCCUGUUCUAUCACUGAAUGAUGAUGCUCCUGCAGACAAUCAAAUUUAUUUCUCUUCAUUGAAGUUCAACAUCAAACAUGUUUCUGCUAGUAUACGGAGCAAGAAGCUGGGUUAUGCCAUUGCCACUAUGGUACUUGAGGGGAUUUCUGUUGGGUGCGAGACUUGGGAGGAGGUCGCUGUUAUCAUUGCUGAAAUAAACUCGGUUAAGAUGCUUAAUCCAUUCAACAAACAAGUCGUUUUACGAACAAGGGUAUAUUCUGAUGGAGGCAAGCCCAAAAUUCAUCAACCUUCUCUAAGUUUCCAACUUGACAUGUCGCGUCUAAAACAGGAUGCUACUUUAUUUGUAAAGGCCUCGGUCCAGCCACUUCACAUAACUUGCGAUUUAGAAUGUGUCAAGAAUAUUAUGACUCUCUCUUCCCUUUUGGAACACUCUUGUUCUCUGCAGGACAGGAUUCUGUCAUCCAUUAACAGAAUUCAAAAUAUGAAUGCACGACUUCAGACUAAAAUUGAGCAUGUCUUAUCAAAUCGCAAGACUGUUACAUGGGAUGUCCAUAUAUUGGGGAUUACCAUCCUUGUUCCUGGUGGAGAUGCAAAUUCUGAUAUGCCGAAAAUGUUUGGGCAGGUACUGGAAGCAGGGGAAUUAACCUUUGGAUCAAAAGGUGACAGAGAUACUUUAUUAGCAUCGCCUCAUUGCACUAGUAAUGUUGUCUUGGGUUAUCAACUUCAAGAUCUCUAUGAUCACUUCGAGAUUAACAUUAGUGAUCUUGAGGUAAAACUUUUGACCUCAAAUUCCUCUAGAACUGUCCCCCUUCUGGAGAAACUUAGUACCAAUAUCAACUUGACAUUGUGCAUUAUUGCUGAUGAAUCAGAGUUGAAAAAUUAUGAGGUUGACAUAGAGGUUUCAUCAGUUCUUGUUCACUUUUCACUGUCAAUAUACGAGGCAAUUAUGGAGCUAAUUGCGGAUUUUGAUAUAUUGCGUUUAUCAUCAGACUCCUUGCCCCCAACUACAGUUAAUGGAAGCGUGAUAUCUGCUGUUUCUUGGUUCUCCAUUGCUGCAAAUGUGAAAUCUGUUGGUUUCUUGAUCGACUUUGAAAGUGAUGUAGAAAAUGAAUCCAGUCUCAUGCUUUUGCUUCUGAUAUUAAAUGUCCGUUGCAGGUUUGAUGGGAAAGAGUCCUUGGAGGGAAGGGCCUCAGUGAAGGAAAUAAAUAUCCAUGAUUAUGGUGGUAAAAGUGAAGGGAAAAGCCUUAUCUUUUGCUCAUCUCAGAGCUUGUCUGGAUCUAUGUAUCAGGAUUAUAAUGAUGUCAGAAUUGGUCCUCAAAGUGGGGAUUCUGAUAAGAGAAGUAGUACCAACGAUCUGUGCCUUGUGGUCCAUUACAAAACCUGUGGGAAUUCAGGAUUCAUAGGUCAUGAAUGUAAAUUAAGUUUUAGUGGGCUUGAUAUUCACUGCCACCGUUUUAUAAUUGGAGUUUUGGUAGGAUUUAUUGAUAAAUUAUCUAAAAUCAGACCUUCUCUUCGAGUAGCGGACAACCCUGUAGUGAAUGACAAGAAUUGUGCUCCUACUUUUGUUUCGUCGCUUCAAAAUUUUGGUUUUUCCAACUUCUUUGAAACCUCCUUUUCUGAAUGGGCAACUGCUUCAUUGGAUCAGUUCCCUUUCACCACCCUAAAAGAUACUGGCUCUUUUCUUAAUCUUGGAGGUUUCUCAAACGAUAAUACCCCUGAGUGGAGGAAGGUUCUCAAUUUAAGAGACUGGAAGGCCAGAAAUCCUAAGGACGACAUAGAGGAUAGAUCUAAUGGUCAGCUUCCAUCUUCUGUUGAUUCUUCUUUUCAAAUUUAUGAUGCUAAAAAGGCGUAUUUCAUUGACUUGGAGCUCAGCAGCUGUAGAGUUCAUUUUCAUGAAUCCUCUUACAUAAUUGGAACUCUUCUGUUUCCAAGUGUCAAGUCUGCAAUGUGUAUUUGUGCCGACUAUCUGGAUGUACUUUGCUCUGCUGAGGGGUUGGUUCUUUCUUCUUUACAAUGGACUCAAAUGGUGCAGGAUUUCCUUUGGGGUCCCUUGAAAUCCACUUCCCCUCCAACUUUAAAGUUGCGUGUCAGGAAAGAAAGUGUAAAGUCACCGUUGAAAAUGAGUUUCAAUAUCCAGCAUGUGUCUUGUGUUUUACCGCCCGAGUUCCUUGCAGUUAUUAUUGGUUAUUUUACCUUACCUGAUUUGAGCUCUAGUCCAGAUGAAUUGCCUAUGACAGAAAGUUCCGACUGUAAUACUUCAAAAGAUAAUGUGUGUAUUUCAUUUAUGUUUGAGAUACUGGACUCCAACUUAUUUAUACCAACUGAGAGCAGCGUAUCUCAAUUUCUGAAGCUUGAUAUACAGCGGCUAUACUCUAGUUUCACACAAAAUGGUGAAGCAAAGUUUGUGCUGAAGGAUAUUCCUACGGAGUGCUUGGUUACAGAAGAUGAAAUUGCUCACAGAAAUGAUUGUUUAAACUUAUUUGGAUAUGACUUAUCUCUAUCAUUGAUGCUAUUGGAAGAAGAAGCAGCUAAGUUGUCAGGUUCUUCUUAUGGCCCCACUUGGACAAAUAUCAUCUUGAUUGCGCCGCUUAAUGCUGAUGUAUGGGUGAGAUUACCAUCCCAAUGUGAAUGUUGUGAUGUUGUAUCCUGUUAUCCAAGUUGCAUCAUGACAAUAGUCAAGGAUUGUCAACUCAAUGCUGAAGGUGCAUCACUCGUGAUUGGGUGUGAAGCAAUGAUGGAUGUCAUAGAUCAGUUUUCCAUGGUUACUAAACAAGCCGAAGCAUUCAAAUCUGAUACCUUACAGUUUUUUCUAAACAGGGAGGGAAAAGAGGAAAAAGACACAUCUCCACCUCAAGCCUCUCUUGAAAAUUUCAUGAUAAUCCGAGCGUCUGUGAGGUCAAUGUCCAUAAAAUUGCGACAAUCGAAAGGAGAAUCAGUUGCUUCUGACCUCAUUGGGGAGGCUAACAUGCAGUUUCUGUGUUCUGCCUCUUUGAAAAAUGAUGAACUCUUACGGCUGAAGAUCUCCUUCUCUUAUCUACAGAUAUUCUCGUCACUUAACUCUGUUUUGCUUGCUGAAUGCUGUUCUACCUCUGGCUCACCAGUUAUUGUGAUAACCUUUUCAUUGUCUGAUCAGGGUGAAAAUAUUCUUUCUGUCUCUAUGUCUUUGCUAGAUGUUUGGAUACAUUUGUCUGACUGGGUUGCAAUCAUCAAUGUACUACAGUCUUCCUCUAUGAAACAACCCAAGACCCUAAUGAUGAACUCAUUAUCAAACAAUAUGGCAUAUGUCCCUGUUGAUCAACUCAGGGAUGGUGAAAAUGAUGGGCAUCAUAAUUCCCGUCCAUGUCCUAAUAUUUUGUCUUCUGAAGUAAAUGUGAGGCAUAAUUCUGGAAUUCACUCUGUUGAGUUGGAAACUAUUGUUGUCCGAAUUCAUGUUCCUGCUUGGGUUGGAGAAGAUGCUUUUAAUACAUCGGAGGUGAAGCAGGGUGACAAGCACAUGAAUGAUUUACGAAACACGAUUUAUGGAAAUCGGCAUGGCUUUUUCACUCUUGGCUUUCAAGCUAGGAAUAGUGAACUGUUUAACUUGGGGACCAUUAUGAAACUGAAACUUGAUCUAGAUAAAACCUGGGGUAGAGUGGAGCUAGUAAAGGAUGAUAACACACGCUCAUGGCCCUUGUUUGAACUAUUUCAAGUGAACCUUAAUGCUGCAAUAUGCACUAGUUGCAUUGAGCAUAUCCAUGGGAAGGUGGAUCUUCAAUGUCAUUGUCUGGAUGUAUGGCUGUCAGAUCACAUUCUUUAUUUCUGGCAGUUUGUGGAUUUUGAAGGUCCAGCAUCUGGGCCUUCUCAAUUUAGUUUCAGUCAAGUGAACUUUGAUAUCCAACUUAGAAAGUUCUCUCUUCUCUUGGCUGAUGGAAAGUGGAGUUCAAGUGGACCUUUGCUGGAGUUACUCAUGACAAACUUGCUUCUUCACUCAAAUGUAGCUGGAAACGAAAUGGAGGGUUUGGUGAAGUGUGACGUCCAAGUGAACUAUAACAACAUUGACAAGGUCUCGUGGGAGCCUUUCCUAGAGCCCUUGGAAAUCCAGCUAAGCAUAAGAAGGCAUGAUGACAGUUCCCUUCUGAGUAGUGACGUUACUAGCAAUCUUCAUAUCAAAUCAACAACUCAGCUUAACUUGAAUCUUACCGAGUCCCUUAUUGAGGUUGUUUCUAGGACAAUCGAGAUGAUUAAAAAUGCAGGGGAUCUGGUGCAGAUGACUGCUCAUUCUGAGAUCCCAUCAUUCUUAAAUCCUCAGAAAAGUGAAAAUCUGGAUGCCGGGAGUUCUCCUCCUUAUAUACUGCAAAAUUUGACUUCGUUGCCUUUAGAAUUUCAUGUCUAUCAACAGCGGCAGAGUGGUUAUGGCUUAGAAGUAUGCUCCAUGAAAAGUGGAAAGUAUUUACAACCAGGAUCUUCUAUUCCAGUUUAUGUUAGUGAAAGUCUUGAGGAUCAAAUUUUACGCUAUAGGCCGGCCCAAUCCUGUGAACAACUUGGUGACAAAAAAUCGGUGGAGCCAUCACAUCAUUAUAUCAUUGUUCAACUUGAGGGAACGUCGCUUCCUUCUGCUCCUAUUUCAAUGGAUCUUGUUGGGCUUAGAUACUUCGAAGUCGAUUUUUCCAUAUCAUCGAGAAAGUCCGAUGUUGAUUCAACCAAAAAUGUUCCAAACAGUAGUAUAAACGACGGGAAGAACAACAAAACAGAAGAAAAAAGUGGCUAUAUCGUUCCUGUAGUGAUUGAUGUGUCCAUACAUAGGUACACGAAGAUGGUGCGAUUGUACUCAACGGUAAUAGUAUCAAAUGCAACUUCUGUGCCUCUUGAAGUACGGUUUGACAUUCCAUUUGGUGUUUCUCCAAAGGUUCUUGACCCUGUUUAUCCUGGUCAACAGUUUCCUCUUCCAUUACAUUUGGCUGAAGCUGGCCGAGUGAGAUGGCGUCCUCUCGGUAAUUCUUACUUGUGGAGUGAAGCCCACAGUAUUCCAAAUAUUCUUUCGAAUGAAAAUAGAAUCAGCUUUUUACGCUCCUUUGUCUGCUAUCCAUCUCAUCCGAGCAGUGACCCUUUUCGCUGCUGCAUAUCUGUGCAUGAUUGGUGCUUACCGUCAGCUGUGUCACCAGAAAAAGGCUUUUCUUUGUCCAACAAUAUUCUAACACAGCCUUUUAAACCUCAUAAUAAUGUAACUUACACGGUUAAGCCCGAGAAGAGGAAUGUGCAUCAGUUGACUUUAAGCAGUCCAUUAGUAUUGAAGAACUAUCUUCCAGAGACGGUAUCUAUGACAAUAGAAAAUGCUGGUGUUUGUCGUACCGCAGCUGUGUCAGAGGUUGAAACUUCCUUCUUCCAUGUUGAUUCUUCACAUGACCUCACAAUAACUUUCGAGAUGCAUGGAUAUAAACCUUCAGCUGUGAAAUUUCCACGUGCUGAAACUUUUGGUGAAAUAGCCAAGUUCAGCGGAACAAGGUUCUCUUUGUCAGAGACUAUUACUUUUGACCCUCAAUCAUCAGAUGGUCCUCUGUGUGUUGAAAUAGAGAAGGUGAUGGAUGCAUUUUGUGGAGCUCGUGAAAUAUGCAUUUCGGUUCCAUUUUUGCUAUUCAAUUGCACUGGUUUCCCCCUUGUUGUCUCUGAAUCCGUUAAUUGGACAAAAGGGCAUUUUAGUGUUAUUACUUCUUACUAUGAUGUGGACGAGCAGGACCUAGUUCUCCACAAGAAAGAAGGUCUGGGCAUUUUAUCUUCUAAUCAAUAUAUGGAUACAGCUGCAAAUAGCAAUAGCCUGCCGGUAGCUCCCUUGAACAAUUACCUUGUUACAAAGUCACAUGACAGUAAGUUCUCUCAGGCGGAAUCGAUUGAUUUUGAUAAUUCAACAAAUUUUCACCGGGGUUCACAGAAGCAUGAUAUGUAUGCUUCAAAAGCAUCGCUUCACAAGAGUAGGUCUUAUACAAGCAGUCAAUCCAGCUUAAAGUCCUGUGGGUUAACAGAAGGUGAUGCUUGGAAGGUCAAUUGCCAGAUGUAUUCACCUAACCCAAGUUCAUCUUCUAGUGAAAUUAUGGUCAGACUGUGUAGAUAUCUACCAAAUUCUCUGAUGGAUGACAUUCCUAAUGAUUCUUGGUCUAGUGCUUUUGCACUUGUGCCACCUACCGGUUCUAGCAGUGUAACGGUCCCACAACCAUCCAGGAAAUCUGGUUAUGUAAUUUCUGUUGGUGCUGUUGCAGCUCCAUUUUUGGGUAGGACAAGAAUUAUUACCUUUCAGCCGAGAUACGUAAUCAGUAAUGCAUGCAAUAAGGAUUUGUAUUACAAGCAGAAAGGAACAGAUGAUAUUUUCACGUUGGAAUCUGGAAGGCAUUCUCAUAUUCAGUGGACAGAUACAUCGAGGGAGUUGCUAGUCUCUAUUCAAUUUGCUGAACCUGGAUGGCAAUGGUCCGGUUGCUUUUUGCCAGAACAUCUAGGCGAUACUCAGGUGAAAAUGCGGAAUUUUCUCUCUGGUGCCGUGAACAUGAUAUGUGUGGAAGUUCAGACUGCUGAUGUCUCAAUUAGAGAUGAUAAAAUCGUUGGCAGCCCUCAUGGUCAGUCGGGAACAAACUUGAUUCUUGUGUCAGAAGAUGAUACUGGCUUUAUGCCAUACCGUAUUGACAAUUUCUCCCAAGAGCGCCUACGUGUUUAUCAACAAAGGUGUGAAACCUUUGAAACUAUGGUCCAUUCCUACACUUCUUGCCCUUAUGCGUGGGAUGAACCCUGCUAUCCACAUCGUCUCACUAUUGAGGCUCCGGGUGAACGUGUUAUAGGAUCAUAUGCCCUAGAUGACGUAAAAGACUAUGCACCCGUAUACCUACCUGCCACUCCUGAGAAGCCUCAAAGAACGCUGAUUGUUUCUGUCCACUCUGAAGGGGCAGUCAAGAUUCUGAGCAUCAUUGAUUCAAGUUACCAUGUAUUGAGUGGUUUGAAGAGUCCGCACAUUUAUCAGUCUAAAGAUAAAAAGAACCAGAUAGCGAAGCAUGAAAAUUCUGCUGACUGCAAAGAGAGAAUAUUGGUGGACAUUCCCUAUGUUGGCAUAUCUCUAAUAAGCUCUAUGCCAGAGGAACUAUUUUUCGCUUGUGCAAGAGACAUUACAGUUGAUUUCACGCAGAGUGUAGAUCAACAGAGAUUCUCCUUACAAGUCACAUCCUUGCAAAUUGAUAACCAGUUAACAUGUACACCUUACCCUGUCAUCUUGUCUUUUGAUGUUAGUAAGGCUACUAGUGGAAUUAGGGCAGAAAGUGCUUCGGAGAGUUCACAGGAACCGGUUCUUUCAUUGGUGGUGACAAAGUGGAAGAAUAGAUAUCUGUCACUUGUUUCCUUUGAGCACAUAAGUCUAAGAUUGGCAGAUUUUCAUCUUGAACUUGAUCAGGAUGUAAUCUUGAGUUUGUUUGAUUUCAUUAAAACUUUAUCUUCAAGGUUGCAGAGCAGAGUAUCACAACACUCUAAUUCAACAGACCAUCCUCUUUUUGAUGGUGUUUUUAUUAUGAACACCUCUGACUCCAUAGAUUGGGCACCCAAGAAAUCAAAUGUGAAUGAAUGCUACGCAGUUAAUAUUCCUGUGUUUCCCGAAAACAGCAAUAGGACCUCUUUGCUACCUUCGAUAGUCCCUAUUGGAGCCCCAUGGCAACAGAUUCACCUUCUAGCCAAAAAGCAGAAGAAGAUUUAUGUUGAGUUGUUUGAUGUGGCACCAGUCAAGUUGACUUUAAGUUUCUCCAGCAGUCCCUGGUUGCUUCGAAAUGGAGUGCUAACAUCUGGAGAAUCUCUUAUACAUAGGGGUCUUAUGGCACUUGCUGAUAUAGAGGGAGCACAAAUUCACCUUAAACAAGUAAUCCUUUCACAUCAGCUAGCUAGCUGGGAAUCCGUUCAGGAGAUACUUAUCGAGCAUUACACACGACAAUUUCUUCAUGAGACGUACAAGGUAUUUGGUUCUGCAGGAGUUAUCGGCAAUCCUAUGGGGUUUGCUAGGAGCAUGGGUCUUGGCCUUAAAGAUUUCUUGUCAGCUCCUGUACAAAGUGUUUUCCAGACUCGUGCAGGGUUUAUUAAAGGCGUGGCACAAGGGACCUCUAGUCUUUUGAGUAAUACCGUCUAUGCCUUAAGUGAUGCUGCCACCCAAUUCAGCAAAGCUGCGCAUAAGGGUAUCGUGGCAUUUACUUUUGAUGAUCAGGCUGUCAGAAAUAUGGAAAGGCACCAGAAGGGAAUUUCAUCCCAUAGCAAAGGGGUGAUAAAUGAAUUUUUAGAGGGUUUGACUGGUCUAUUGCAGUCACCUAUUAAAGGGGCAGAGAGACAUGGCCUUCCAGGAGUUCUCUCAGGCAUAGCUCUUGGAGUGACAGGACUUGUGGCAAGACCAGCAGCCAGUAUACUCGAUAUCACCGGCAAAACUGCACAAAGCAUCAGAAAUCGGAGCAAACUUCAUAAUCGGGGAUCUCAUCGCUUUAGGGUCCGAUUGCCAAGGCAUUUAAGUAGAGAACUUCCUAUACGGCCUUACUCUUGGGAAGAAGCAAUUGGAGUAUCUGUACUUAGAGAGUCUGAAGACCAUGUUAAGCUCAUAGACGAAAUAUUAGUAAUCUGUAAAGCUCUUAGACAUGAAGGGAAGUUUGUUGUCCUCACUGAGAGGCUUAUAUUAAUUGUCUCCUGCUCCAGUAUAGUAAAAUACAGAAUGCCAGAGUUUCAAGGAGUGCCUGCUAACCCAGAGUGGUUGGUAGAAACCGAAAUCGGGAUGGAUAGUGUAAUUCAUGCUGAUAACGACAACGAUGAGGUGCAUAUUGUGGGAAGUAGCUCAGAUGCAUUGUUAAGGCAGAACCAAAUUUCACAUAAAAGAAGCUGGGGAACUAGAGGAAAGAAAUGGAACAACAAUCCUCGCACAUCGCUUCCGCUACUCCAGACCAAUUUGGUUUUUGUAUCGAAAGAUGAGGCAGAGGACUUCCUGCAGGUGCUUCUAUCUACAAUUGACAAGGCAAAAGAGCGAGGUCGGAGCUCUGUGCAUCUUCUUCAUCAAAGUAAUCUCAGGCAACCAUAGAAAGAUGUUAAGGAUCCAAGUAAUUUUCCUUCUGUACAUUGUACAUUAUGUACAUAAUCUACUUUAUCCAUCUUCUGUUGAUUUAUGUUCAUAACUGUUCAAAUAGUGUAGGACUUCCAUUCUUUAACAAAAGUUCUUCCAAGUU